AUGGCGCAGGUUAACGCGGCCGCUGCGGUUGAUCACGGCGAAGGCCUCCGGGUAGCCGAGACGUCGUCGAGGUGCGUGACGGAGGGCGCGACGCACGAUUUCGUGGUGACCAACUACCCGCUGCUCGACGGCAUGGGCUUCGGGAGGUACAUUAGGUCGAGCACGUUCACCGUCGGCGGCUACGAUUGGAACAUCAGGUUCUACCCGGACGGAGGCAAGGAGGACGCUGCCGGCAACGCAGGGGCCUACUUGUGUUGUCUUUGCCAGCUGGCCAAGUACGAGGUGAGGGCAAUGUUCACAUUAACCAUGCUGGACGAUCAAGGCCAUGUACAAGAGACCAGGCAGGUAGGGAGUCACGUCUUCUCUCCAGAAUCCUCCACUGGCUCUGGCUUUAGCAAAUUCGUCGAGAAAUCGAAGCUGAGAUCGUCGUCUCACCUCUUGACGCUGAGGUGCGUCGUCGCCGUGAUCAAAGAACCGCCCGCGGAGUGCAGGACGAGCCUUGCCGCGGCCCCUCCGACGGAGCUUCCCGGCCAGCUCGAGCGCACCCUCAAGGACGGGAUAGGCGCGGACGUCACCAUCCUCGUGGGAGGCCGGCGGUUCAGGGCGCACAGGUUCAUGCUGGCCAUGCGGGCGCCGCUUCUGGACGCUCAGAUCUUUGGUCCGACGAUGGAGGUCGCCGACAUGGAGCCGGACAUCUUCCAGAUCCUUCUUCACUACGUCUACACGGACUCGUUGCCGCCGUGCGACGGCCAAGGUUAUAGCACCGCCGCAGUGGAGCACUUGCUGGCCGCAGCUGAUCGGUACGGGCUAGGCAGGCUGAAGGCGAUGUGCCAAGGAGAGUUGUGCGGGCGCAUUGAUGCUAAUACCGUCAUGGCCACAUUGGCACUGGCGGAUCAGUAUAUAUGUGAGCGGCUCAAGGAUGCCUGCCUCGAGUUUCUGUCGUCAGAGGAAUCAAUGAUUGCAGUCAUCGCGACCGACAGGUUCAAACACCUCAUCAAAAGUUUCCCCAUGCUUGAUUUGGAAAAGAGCCCCGAGGACCUCGCCAGGAAGUAA